AUGCCAGCCUACAGUUACUCAGUCGCCAAGUCCGUCCUGAACGAAAUGGACAAAGACCGCUUCCUGUGUCUUUAUCUCUUCAGCAAUCACUCUGCCAUUGACUGGCAACAAGCAAGCCGCGACUACGGGAGCACCAGCGUCGCUAGCUUCAGAGUGCUCACGAAUCGAGCAUUGAAGAAGAUCGCGGAUGCCGGCGGUAAACUGGGCGAGAACGGAUCUUGCAGUGCUGCAAUUGCGCCGCCAAAGGAACGCCGAGCCAAGAAGCGCAAGGUCGAUAUCUCCGACGACACUGACAGCGACUAUGGGCCCCAAACGAAGUCGAAACGCGCAAGGGAUGCCGUUGCUAAGGAUCCGCUUCCAGACGCGAGCGUAGACAGUGCAGAAGGCCAGCGAGGGAGUGAAGAAUGCGGGACUCCGGAGUCGAUCGGCGGCGUUUGA